CCCCCAACCUCCUUUGCUUCAGUCGGGAUUUUUUUCAACCACAGCUCAGCAGAGGGUGUCAGAUCUUCCUCAGACCAGCGCGCUGUGGGGAUGCGCGCUGCGUCCGCGCUCCUCUUACUGUGACGACAAAAAAGGAUAACAAACACAAGAAAGAGAAGGAAAACAGAGAGCGAGACGUCGCGAAGUAAAGGGGAUGUGAAAGAAGGGGAUGCGGGUGUUCAGGAUCAGCUGCGCAGGCUGUGAAUUCAGCACUAGAGGGGAGGAGAGAGAGGGGAAGAGAAGGGGGGGGAGGAGGACAGAUCCCGACGCCGCAGCGCGCCGCACGACUCCGGGAGAUUUCUUCGGUUUUCCAUCAACGCGCCAAGGUCAGUGUGAAAGAAGCUGAGAUACAUAAAAAAAAUAAGCAAAUAGAGUAAAGAUGCGCUGGAACCUGGUGCAUUGCCCCGCUGAUGCUUUCCAUCAGACCAAUUGCUGGAAGUGAAGGGAGACGUUUGUUUUUAUUUUUUUAUCCUAAAGUGAAACUGGACGUCUGGACGCAGUCUGGAUGCGCUCCUUACCCUCCUAAAUGUCUACAGCUCCAUCCCCCCCUCCUCCACCACCACCUCUCGCUGAUGCAGACUAGAUCAGCAGCUCCUACAUGUCUUGAGAGGCGGGAAUGAAUCGUCCGCGCUGAGAAAGAGGAAAAAAAAAAAAAAAACACAAAAGGGGGGGAAAAUGCUGCUGUGGAUCAUCCUGCUAAAUGCGGCUCUCUGCGUUGCAAGCGGAAAUGUCACCAGGGAGGUUUGCAAGGAGAAGAUCUGCUCCUGCAGUGAGGUGGAGGGCGACCUGCAUGUUGACUGCGAGAAGCGCGGCUUAAACACGCUGCGGCACCUGACCGGCCCCAGCUCCCACUUCUACCACCUGCUGCUGCACGGUAACUCGUUGUCCAGGCUCUUCCCCAACGAGUUCGCCAACUUCUACAAUGCCGUGAGCCUGCACCUGGAGAGUAACGGCCUGCAUGACAUUGUGCCAGGCGCGUUUCUGGGGCUGCAGCUGGUCAAGAGGCUGCACAUCAGCAACAACAAAAUCCGAUCAUUCAAGAAAAGCACCUUUUUGGGCUUGGAUGACUUGGAAUACCUUCAGGCGGAUUUUAAUUUGCUAAGGGACAUUGAUCCAGCUGUUUUCAGGGACCUGAAUAAACUGGAAGUUUUGAUACUGAAUGAUAACCUCAUCAGCGCACUACCUAUAAACGUGUUCCAGCACGUGCCCAUAACGCAUCUUGAUCUGCGGGGUAAUCGGAUCAAAACAUUGCCUUAUGAGGGGAUUCUUGAGCAAAUUCCUGGUAUUGCAGAGGUGCUGCUUGAGGACAACCCAUGGGACUGUAACUGUGAGCUAGUGUCCCUGAAGGAGUGGCUGGAGAACAUACCACGCAAUGCCCUCAUUGGGAGGGUGGUCUGUGAGGCCCCCACCAGGCUGCAGGGCAGUGACCUGAAUGAGACCUCAGAAGCAGAUUUGUGCCCAUCACAAAGUGAGGGUGGAGAUAGUAGCCUCCCUGCCCCUCCCACACAGGAGGAAACCUCCCACCCCACACCUUACAAGCCCCCCAGAAAUCCUGGUGGAGGGCCCCCUACACCCGGAGUCAAUGGUUCCAAGAGUAACUCCAAGUCCCCAGAGAGUUGGCAGCUGAAAACAAAGCCCACACCGGUAAUGGCAGCAGCAGAUGGGAAUGGAGACGGCGGAGAAGAGCAGCUGCGCAAUAUCACGUGCCCACAGCCAUGCAGCUGCAAGCUGGUGGGCGUUAGAAAGGGACUGGCAGUCAAUUGCGAGGGCAAAAAGAUUGAGAGUCUGGCUUCCCUCAAGCCAAAGCCUCUGGCUGCCCACGAGCUUAACAUGAGAGACAACAACAUUCAUGCAGUUAAGAAGAACCAGCUCCUCGGCUAUUCCAGCCUCAAUCUGCUGGAUCUCGGUGGGAACAACAUCAAGGUUGUUGACAAUGGCACAUUCCAGAACCAGAGUGAGCUCCGGUGGCUGUACAUGGAUAAGAACUACCUGGAUACACUAAUGGCAGAGAUGUUUGUGGGCCUUGUAAAUCUGGAAUACCUUAGUUUGGAAUACAACGAUAUCCAGCUGAUAGUGGCAGGUGCAUUCAGCCCCAUGCCGAACCUGAGAGUUCUUUUCCUAAACAACAACCUUCUUAAGGCUCUCCCUGUGGAUGCUUUUGUUGGGAUUUCUUUGUCAAAAAUCAGUCUACAUAAUAAUUACUUUACCUAUCUCCCUGUGACUGGUGUCUUGGAGCAGCUCAACUCCAUCAUCCAGAUAGACCUUCAUGGGAACCCAUGGGAUUGCUCAUGCAACAUUGUGCCCUUCAAGCGUUGGACCGAGAAGCUUGGAGCCGACGUAAUUGUGAGUGACCUCAAGUGUGAAGCACCAGAGGAGUUCUGGAAACGGGACUUCCGUUACGUGCGUAAUGACCUCAUGUGCCCCAAGCUGUUUGAUCGGGCCGUGCCCACACCAGUGUCCAAGAAUGGGACUUAUGCCCAGGACUCAGGUGGAACACGCUCAAACUCAUAUUUAGAGCCCAACCGGGUCUCAAUAUCAGUGCUUGUGCCUGGGCUGCUGCUCGUGUUUGUCACAUCCGCCUUCACAGUUGUGGGGAUGCUUGUGUUCAUCCUGCGCAACCGGAAACGGUCGAAGCGGCGAGACGGCAACUCAUCCGCAUCAGAGAUCAACUCCUUACAGACGGUGUGCGACUCGUCCUACUGGCACAGUGGGCCAUAUCAUGCAGACGGAGGUGCUCAUCGGGGCUUCGACUGCAGCACACACCUCUCAGCUGUGGACGAUGCAUAAAAAACACAGACUGGAUUAUAAACAGUAGACAAAAACUACAAGAAUUCAUUAAAGAAUGGGAACAUAAAUUUGUUAAUGAACCUAUAGGUCAGCCUGGAAGCUGCAGAAGGCCCCACUCUGUAAUAUAUGUAUAUGCCAAGCCCCUCUGGCUUACACCCUCAGCUCUUUUCUCCUCCUCCUCUUCUCUGCCGCAAUCAGACUACAAAUCUGUAGAUGGGAGAAAAAUAGAUUGAGAGUGGAGAAAAGGGAUCCAGGGAGAGUGUAUGUGUAUGUAUGUGAAAAAGAGAAAGGAACGACCUGGGGAAUGGUGCACGAACGCAUGAAUGUACAUGUAAAUACCCAGACUGAUGUAUCAUAAAAAUGCAUGAUGAUAUUUCCGCAUGGUUUCAACAAGACACACAACAGGCGAGGAACCAUAACCACCAACCAGGAGGCAAACUCAGUCCCCUCCCCUCUCAUGUUAUAUACCACCACAACAGCUAUAUAUAUAGAUAUUAAGAAUUAUAUGACUAUUACAAAGUGCCAUUUCUCUAUUUUUUGUGAACCUGCAGUUAGGAUUUGUAUUUGUUGUUUUAAAACUUGUUCAGAGUUGAGAAAUGAGAAGAAUAAUGUUAACUGGUGAAGGAGUUGGGUGAUCAAAGUGAAGCUGUCAGUGCAUGUUCUUUUUAACUGUUACCAUUUAUUUUAUUAAUCAGCUCAUCAUCGGUUAAUAUUUGGGGUUAUUUAUUCUGUAUACUAGGUGGCAAAGCGGCUCCAAAGCAUUUGCACAGUAGCUAGGUCCUCUAGGGCAGCGGG